AUGGAAGUUCCAAGACCGAAAAUCGUGAGGAGUGGUCCGUCCGACGACAAGUUGGCGCGGCGCAGCGCAAUGAAGGAAGCAAUCGGAUGCGUUGGCAAGUCAAGUAAGCGCGGCAAGAAAAGCUACUGUGUCGUCGCUGUCGUCGGGCCGCGUGGCUUCGAAAUCGGUUGUGUGGGUGUUGGUUGCGUGUUCGAAGUCGACGUUCGGUUCAGAACGGCAAACAUUGGAUUUAGCUCGCUCACUGUCGCGGGAAAGGCCAGGAAGCUCAGCCAGCGCCUGUUCCUUACGCUAUAG